AUGGUUGUCCAUGGCAUUAUCACCACCUCAUCGUCUCCUCUUGACGAUCAUCCCUUCAUCUCUUCUGCCUCUAAAGAAGAGUGGCGAGUGGGGGAUCGCGUCAUUGUACACAGCCUUCAAAAAGCUUCACACCUUAAUGGGCAUCAUGGCUGCAUUGGUGGCCCACCAAAUGCCACGACUGGUCGAUACCCCGUGGACUUUGAUCUUCCAGGGGAAGCAUCUCAUCGCGUCAUGGCAAAAGCCGCAAACCUGAAGCCGGAACCUUACAUUCCUUUGAAGGACGACGACGAGGAUCGUUGGAGUCCGUUCCAUCUCGCAAAUGUAAAAGACGGGAUUUUGGAAGAAGCCGAAGGACGACCUCUGUGUCUCUUGCUGGAUGCCAUUCGAUUCUUGGUGGGAAAUGUCGUUCACCGAGACCCAAACCUCCAAAAUGGCCUCGCUGACAUAGAGAAACUGCGACACCAAGGGCAAUCGGGUUUGGAACGGAUUCAUCAUUACAUGCAAUCUGCCUGGUCGUAUUGGGACCGCCAUCUCGUCCAGGACGACGACGGCGGCGGUGAGAUUCGACCCUCGAUCUAUCUCUUGUUACUGCAGUUCUUUGAGGAACUUCCCGCCGUCAAUGACAUGGCUUUGGUCAACAUGCCUCCAGAGUUUCACGUGGCAAGGGCAGCAUUGUACCAUCGAACAGCCGUAGAAGGAUGGGACACUCGAAUCCAUGCCGACUUUUGGGUGUUGAACCAUCAUUCCGUCUACAAGGUGUUUGGACUUCGAAACUGUUUGUCUCAAGCCCUCAAAACGUUUGACAACUUCAAUGAAGACUCUGAUGGAGAUCCUGUUCUCCUCACAGUGACACUCCUACCGUGGUACGGUCGGCUUAUUUACGACGGAACAUGCACUCCAGCACAUGGACACGAAGCACCCCCAGAAGUCGCAGGGGAAGGUCUAGCUGAACAGUUGAGACAAAAUGUAAUCAUUGCGAGACAAGAAGGUCGAGUGGUAGAACACAUUGCACAAUUGCAUUUGGAUGCGGCCAUCUUGGAGCAGCAGCAGCAGCAGCAACAACAACAACGAGAACAGGACGAACUCCAGCAGCAACGAGAUGACGGUGAGGAAUAUCACGAGGAGGAAAACUGCAGGGAGCAGACUCCCAGACACUCACAACCACCAAUUACGAGAAGAGAAUUCGAUCUCUUGCAACGGCUGGAAGAUCUUCCCGUAGCUUCUGCCGACGAGGCAAUUUGGUGCAUGCGCCGAGUUGGAUACACCGAAGAAGAUAACCCAACACACGAGGGAGUCAUCAUCAAUGGUGCGGCCUUGGCUGGUGGGGUCACGAUUGGACCAUUCGCUUGCUCGGCUCUGGUACCCUCAGCGGAGGAUAUUUUUCAAGCGCUAGUGUGUUAUUGCAUCGAUGAUGACGAUAAUGGCUCCAGCAAUGGUGGUGAAAGCGAUGUUGAUGAACAAGAGAGGAAAGCGCUUCCGGCAGUGGUUCUGAUUGAUGAUUUGAAAUGUUUCGAGCGCGUUCAGUUCUUGGUGGAGAACUACACGCCAGACGAUUUCACUCUCAAAGCAUUGUACUACCCUCCUCCGACACGCGAAGAAACAGCUGCUGCUUUGAUGGAUCACAAUGGGAACUAG